CUCCCUGCCCCACUCGCGCACUGCACACACUGGGAGCUGCCGGGAACAUGGCUGGUGACUUAGCUCUGCUCGCUGUCGUGUCUCUGCUUUCUGCCCUCCAGCAAGGUUAUUUUGCUCAGCUGGUGGGAAAAUCAAGAAUGAAGCACAAGGUCUUGCCCCCGGCUGUCACUGGAGCUCCAGAAUUUGAAAGAACAUUUCGUGCACAACAAAACUGUGCAGAGUUUUACCCCGUAUUCCAGACUCUCCUCUGGAUCGCAGGAUGGUUUUGCAAUCAAGAACUAGCCUCCUUGCUGGGCCUGCUGUACAUGUACGCUCGCCACAAGUACUUCCACGGCUAUGCGGAGUCUGCAUCAAAAAGGUUAACGGGGUUUUUUUUGAGUCUGAUAGUUCUGGCUUGCUUGGCAAUCCUUGGUGCAGCUGGGAUCGUUAACAGCUUUACGGACAAAUACCUGGGCUUCAACAUUGGGAAGAAAUUACAUAAAUUGUUCUGAGUACUUUAAAACAAAAUAAAACCCCCAAGUAAAUAAAACCCACAAGCUCUCCCUGGACACCAAGAUGAUGAUAAGCUGUAUGUAAAUAAGGGAUCAGAAUUCUCCAUUAGCAUUCCAUUGCAACAUUAAACGUUGUGCUUUUUCUGCGCUGUUUACACUUGCUCCUUUCCCUGUGCUCCUGAAAAGAAUUUGCUAAGACAGAAUGGUGCAUCACAUUGGCGUUCUCUAUUUACACAGUCUGUCUUCCUAUGCAGUAUUGCAAACUCAAAACAAAUCGCAAAAAAACAAAACCCAUUAAUUCACCAAGUAACUCGGCUCCAACUGACACUGCAAGCAACAGCCCGCCUUACCCAGCAUCCUCUGGCUUUGUCGAUGCCUCUGAAGCCUUCCUUCACUCUUCUUCACUCCCAGCAGCAGCAGCCAUCCUGCACGACGGGCCGCUCUAAUGCUCUGGAACUACAGAGAAGUGAAGACCAUGACUGACUGUUUUGGUAGAUCGUGAUAAUUCAAAGGACUUUGGCAAUGCUGGAUGCAUUCAUGCUAGAGCCAGCAGGCAGAAGCUCUCUCUGCUGUGCCUGGUGCACAGUUCAGCCAAACUGCAUGUUGAUAGUUCUGCUCAGUCAAGUCUACAUAAUGAACACUUACUGUCUUCCUAGAA